CAAUUUACACCGUCUCUAUAGGUUUAAAUAGAUGUUUUGCAUCUUUGUUGAUCAGUGUAUUUAAUUUAUGCUCAAGUGUCGAACCACUUGAGAGUAAUAAAGUGAAUGCUUGUAAGAAUAAAAUUAGACUGUCGAGUUAUUUGGGAUUGAGUAUAAAAGCCAGUUCAAGCAAUUCUAAUCUUCAUUUAUUCUCGAGAAGAUGCCAACAGCGUUGUGGAUUUGGCUGCCCUUGGUAAUCGUGUUAAGUCUGCGGAUGUCCAGCUGCCGCCUGGUCGGCAAAUGUAGCUUGGCCCGGAAGCUAUAUCGUUAUGGCGUUCCUUACAGCGAGCUGCCGGAUUGGCUUUGCCUGGUCGAGGGUGAGAGCUCAUUUAAUACCAAAGCCAUUAAUCCGUCGAAUGUGGAUGGAUCCGUGGACUGGGGACUGUUUCAAAUCAAUGAUCGCUACUGGUGUAAGCCGGCUGAUGGGCGACCCUCCACGGAUCUCUGUCGUUUGCCUUGUCGCCUCCUGCUCAGCGAUGAUAUCAGGUACUCAAUUGCCUGCGCCAAGUAUAUCAGGCGGCAGCAAGGAUUCUCCGCCUGGGUUGCAUGGAAUAAUCGCUGUCAAGGCGUCAAGCCAAACGUGAAACAUUGUUUUAGACGUAGUUACAAAUACAUUGGCUAACAAUCAGCGUAUGUAUAUGCAAUGUGAUAUUAGAAUAUCGAAUAAAGAUCUUCUCAAUUCAUUCUGUGUGUUUAUUUAACACUGUAAACUUAAAAAAUCCACCAGUUUUCAA